GUACAGCAAGGCCGCCUACAUGGAUGUCGCGAUCACGACCUCGAAUUUCUGCACCGCCGCAGGGCGAGCGCAGGAGGUUCUCUGGGAGGAGAGGGCGGGGCCGUCGCCGCCCUGAACGGCGGCCAGCUGAUCGUCUUCAUCGCUGGCGGCGGGCUGCUCACCAUGAUCGGCUUCGCGUUCACCUGGCUCUGCACCGCCAAGUGGAGCAUGUACACCGACGAGGCGAGCAGCACCUACGUGGAGGACCCCAGGGACGUCGCCCUGAUGGGCGGCGUGAUCAGCUUUCUGAUCGCGGCAUGCUUCGUGGUAGUGUUCGACACUGUGGGAGACACCAUCCUGUACUGCUAUGCCGCCGAGCAGCUCAGGGUGAAGACGAUGGCGCAGCGCGAGCGCGAGCGCGCGCGCGAGCUCGAGCACGACGUGGAGGAGCCCCCCGCCCUCCUGGAGCAGAUGGCGAGACGGAUAACGUGCGCGGGCCCCCGCCCGCAGAAGAAGGAGAGCGCCCGGGCCGAGCUGGAGCAGUUCCUGUACGCCCCGCCGAGGCUGCAGAGGGCUCUCCGAGAUCUGGGGCACGACCUCCGGCCGCCGGCGACGGCCUGA